AUGGGCGACUACAACGACGAAUGGUCAUUGUUCCCCAACAAUACCGACUUCCACGCUACUACGAGCGACGAUAUGGUGACCGAUCUCACCUUGGACCCACCCAGAGAUCACAUCACACCCCCCGCCUCGAUCCACCGAAACCACUCGGUCGUCAUUCACCACGCACACGGCCUACCGACCCAUUAUCUUCCCUUCAGAUCGCAGGACGGACUUCCAGACUUAGAGCACCCAACGAUGCGCCCUGCAGGAUCUUCCCAGUGCGUCGCUACCAACUGGGUAGGGAACAUGAACACUCAAGAAGAUCCAUAUCUGCCAAUGCCAGGGCUUUUCGACCAUGCCCUUGACUACCAUGACCCAAACGCGCAGCAAGCUUUGCCGUCGAUCACAAACAGCCAUGUCUACCCGACACAAGCAUGGAACCACCAGAACAUGAUGCACGACCUAAAUAGCAGCUUGUUCGGCGAAAUUCCAGCUUACGCCUACGCCGAGCAGCAUGCUACCUCGCCGGAUGAGGACGAGCCACAUCUUGGCGCGGAGGCCGACGACGAGACUGACCCAGCUGACAAGUGCUACGCCAAGCUCAUCUGGGACUGUCUGAGCGAGGCAGACAACUACAGCCGCUCGCUCAAGGACAUCUACCAGUGGAUCAUGGACAACACUGGCAAGGCUCGAGAAGGUCCUGCGCGCAAGGGCUGGCAGAACAGUGUCAGGCACAACCUCUCAAUGAAUCAUGCAUUCGAGAAGGUACGCACUCACGGGCCGGGCAAGAAGACCAGCCUCUGGCGCUUGUCUGCUCUGGCUUUCAAGAAUGGCUGCGUGUGGUCUACGACCCGCUACCGGCACAAGCCUAACAAGCGCAAGAGGUCUCGCACCACGACCACAUGUCUGAAGCGACAGCAGUCCGGCGCGAAAGGCGGCAAGGCCACCAGAGAUGCGCAGCGUCGCCGGAAGCUCACCGAGCGCAGUCAUGGACCUACGUCGGCUGCGCGCAGCGUUGCCCGCCACAUGCAGCACCAUGCUUCUCAUCACGCGGAGUUCACCAACAGCCCGGACUCGUCAUUUGCCAACUCGGCGACGUCCUCGCCACAACUGAUGAUGCAGUCGCCGGCGGACCAGCAAUUCCUCGACUACCAUCAGCCUCAGUGGACUGACCUGCCACCGUCACAGCACCCAUACGACUACCCGCAACUGCAGAUGCAGCCGCAAACCUACUACAAGUACGACGAACCAGCGCCUAUCCCAGCUCCGGAAGAGCAGCACAACAACAGCUAUCUCGACCACAAAUGGCCAGGCCCACUCUUCGGCGACCAGGACUCCGACUACUCGUUUACCGACAACACCCCAGGCCUUACUCCCGACACAAGCUUCCAGGACGACGAUGCCUGGUUCCCCGGCGAUGAACCUCCUCACUCCAUGCCGCCGUACUAG